CCGCGGGAAACUGGGUCAGCCCGUCCAGCCGCUAGCCCCAAACGGGUCGCAGGCCGUGGUCGCCUCUCAAUGAACCUUGGUGGAUCCGGCCACUCUGCCCCUCGCUGGUGCAGAAAGCUAGCUUUCCCCAACGCGCUAGGGAGAUUCCUGGCUUUCCACCCUCCAAGAAUCGAGGGCAGGACCCGUAGCCAGCACCGGGGCCCUUGACUCCCUGACCCGCAAGCGGACCGAGACGCGCGCCGCACAUUCCUCCUGGGGGGGGGCGCGGUCACGCGCGCAUCUCACUUGCGCUCACACUCGCGUAAGGCUCACGCUCUCCGCCCCGCACACCUGCGCCCCGCCCCUUUAGUCCCAGGCUGGCUACGCGAGAAGGCAUUUGGGAAUCCAGGGUGGUUUCGGAGGCGACCCCCAUCCCCUCCAUUUCCCGGGGCCGCAGUUGUCCAGAGUCUGCCGCGGCUCCCAACCGGCCCGCAUCCCCCGCCAUCCUUCCCUCCCCCCAGCCUGCCGCGGCACCAGUAUCCGCAGCCUCCAGCCCGGAGCCGGUGAGGCAGCGAAGGGGGGAGGGGGAGGAAUCAAGGGAUGAGCGCCGGGAGGGCGUCGGGGGCUCUGAGCCGGACGAGGACGCCCCUGGAGCCGGAACCCGAACCCGAGCCGGAGUCGGAGCCGGAGACAGAACCAAACCAUCGCUGCAGCCCCCUAAACCCAGGAGACGCCCUGGCCCGCGCUCGCCCCCCAGGGCCUCAUGUCGGAACCACAGCCUGGCCUGGAGCCGCCCCAACAUGGGCUGUACAUGCUCUUCCUGCUUGUGCUGGUCUUCUUCCUCAUGGGCCUGGUAGGCUUCAUGAUCUGCCACGUGCUCAAGAAAAAAGGCUACCGCUGCCGCACAUCUAGGGGCUCAGAGCCUGACGAUGCCCAGCUCCAGCCCCCUGAGGACGAUGACGUGAAUGAGGACACAGUAGAGAGGAUUGUUCGCUGCAUCAUCCAAAAUGAAGCCAAUGCUGAGGCCUUGAAGGAGAUGCUGGGAGACAGUGAAGGAGAAGGGACAGUGCAACUCUCCAGCGUGGAUGCCACCUCCAGCCUGCAGGAUGGAGCCCCUUCCCAUCAUCACACAGUGCAUCUGGGCUCUGCAGCCCCUUGCAUCCACUGCAGCCGCAACAAGAGGCCCCCGCUUGUCCGUCAGGGUCGUUCCAAAGAAGGAAAAGGCCGCCCCAGGCCUGGAGAGACCACCGUGUUCUCAGUGGGCAGAUUCCGAGUGACACACAUUGAGAAGCGUUAUGGGCUACAUGAACAUCGUGAUGGCUCCCCUACAGACAGAAGCUGGGGCUCUGGUGGGGGACAGGAUCCAGGAGGUGGUCAGGGGUCUGGGGGAGGGCAGCCUAGGGCAGGGAUGGCUGCCACUGAGAGGCUGCUCCCUGAGCAGCCACAACCCCAAGCCCUGGCCAACCCCUCAGUGCAGAAUGGAGGACUCAUGGAUACUAGCCUAGUCCCUUGUGCACUUGAGGGGACCCCUGAAGCCUCUGUGGAACCAACCCUGGGGGCUAGAGGGAGGGGCCCAGGCCCAGGGCUGCCUAGUCAAGAGGCAAAUGGACAGCCAAGCAAACUGGACACCACAGGUCAGCAGGUGCCGCCACCACAGGGAGCAGGGGGUAUAUGAGGAGUUUCCUUGAGCCCCAGAUCAGGUAAUCUCAUCCUCCCACCCUCAGCCUAAACCAUUCAAGUCUAUCAGCUCCCUGAAUCCCUGGAGUUAACUGUAGGCUUAGCCUGUGCCACAGAUUUCUUGGCUGGUGUUGGGGAGUAUGGCUGUGCCCCAGGAGAUACAUACAACCCCUAGAGAAUAGCUGGGUCAGUGCUUGAACAGGAAGCAAUACUGUUCCCCUUCCUCUCCUCCAAGCCUCAUUCUUCACUGUGCUGAUGGACUACCAGCAGGCAUUGCCAGGGUGUAGGUGGUUAUGAAGGCUCUCCCCUCUACUGGACAGCACUGCCCCUCAGUUGAGGGACCAGCUCGACUUCCACCUGGAGUUGCAUGAUCUCAGGCUGGGGGGCCUCAGGAGGAGGACCACCCCCAACUCCUGGCCCCACAUUCUUUUUCCCUUCCCCUACCCAAGAGGUUGCCUGGCCUGCCUUCCCCAAUACCUCGCGCCACAUACUAGAGCGUGGCAGCUGGGACCAGGCCCUACCCUUGGUGGGCCCCUUAAAGCAAUAGCACCUUAGGCUGCCUGCCCUCUUGGCACAAGAGGUCCAGGCACUGGCUUGGACUUCAUGCCCUUUAUUCACUCUCAAUAAAUCCGCUCAGACCAUUAUA